UUAAUCUUUGGCACAGAUGUUCGUUUGUUUGGCGUGUGUUUAUAGUAUUUUUGACAUAUGGCACAAGAAAAGGAGUUUGUUUGGUGAUGAACCCGUAGAUGGGUAACAAAGUUUAUAUCGUGGCAAAUUCAUAUCCAGAGACAAAAACCAUGAUUUUAACCCGUCACUGCUGAAGGAAACGCAUAUAUUUCAACCACAAGUCGGUGCUGGAAGAAUUACCACAAUGCUCUCAGUUUUUAAGAGAUUGGCUGGUAAGUCAGAGAAUGGGCCACCAAAUUGCCGACCCGGUCACCAAGCUAUGUCACAUAGCUUACAAAGGAAGUUUGCUAAAGGCGUGCAGUAUAAUAUGAAAAUCAUAAUCAAGGGUGACAGAAAUGUUGGCAAAACAUGCCUUUUCAAACGACUUCAAGGCCUUAAAUUUGUAGAGGAAUAUAUCCCUACAGAAGAAAUUCAGGUUGCUUGCAUUCAGUGGAGUUACAAAGCAACAGAUGAUGUUGUGAAGGUAGAAGUUUGGGAUGUUGUAGACAAAGGGAAAAAGAAGACUAGAUUUGAUGGCUUGAAAUUGGAUAAUGCUCAGUUAGAGGUUCCAGAAGAGCCUGCAUUAGAUGCAGAGUUUCUUGAUGUUUACAAAGGAACUAAUGGAGUGAUCAUGUUGAUGGAUAUAACAAAAAGUUGGACUUUUGAUUAUGUUCAGAGGGAGCUGCCUAAAGUGCCAAACCAUAUUCCUGUUCUGGUUUUAGCCAACCAUUGUGAUAUGGCUCAUCAUCGCACAGUCACACCAGAUCAUAUAGCAUACUAUAUUGAAGAAUUUAAAAGGCCUGCUGGUUCAGCUCAAAUACGGUAUGCGGAGUCCUCUAUGAGAAAUGGAUUUGGCCUCAAACUACUACAUAAGUUCCUAAAUCUACCCUUUCUCCAGUUACAACAUGAAACAUUACUGGCCCAGCUUGCCACAAAUGAAGAAGAAACAAAACUAACCAGUCAGGAAUUAGAUUUAUUUCUUGAAAGUGAUGAAGCAGACUACAACAAGUUUUUAGAUAACCUUGUAAACAAGAGACGACAAGUAGCAGAUUCUGCGUCAUCUGUUCCCACUCCUCAGACAACUCAACAGGUAUCACAACAGCCAACAGCCUCUACUGCUGAUACUCCAUCUGUGAAACGCAGUAAUUCUGUUCCUGUUGCUGUUCCUGUUCCUGUUGGAGGUGGCAUUCCUAUACCAGAUCAAACAGCUGGCUAUGUUUAUAAAAUGUUUGGGAAACCUAAAGAAACAACUGAAGAAUCUACUGGUGUGGAGAACAUCCAGCAACCUAGUUCAGAAGAAAAGAUUGAAACUCCCUCCAAAAAUCCAAGCACACCAGAAGUGAUAACAAGUGUUGAUGAGUUUGUGCCUGAUGGAGGACAGAUAGAUAAUUCAUUUCUUGAAGACAGUCCUGUCACAUGUGCAUCUCCUGUACACAAGGAGGAAGAUACAGACAGUGAUGUGGACAAUACAAAUCCUCUUGUCACAAGGUUUCAAGAUGAACUUGACCCAGAAGAUGAGGUGACCAACAGCUUUAAUGCAAAAGAUGAUCAUUAUAUAAUUUCCUCCAAUAAAUUAUACAGUGACAAGCAGGACCCAAUGGAUAACACAGAAUUCAACAUUAUGUCAGAAAAGUUUGAUUCGCUUUUAAACAUUGAGAAGAAGUCGCAAAGUAUGCAAGAAAGCAAAGAUGAAUUUGGCCUGGGUGCUCAGAACUGGAAGAUCAAUUCUAAUACUUAUUCAAAUAUAAAUUUACAUUUGCUAGGACCUUUACAGACACCUGACAGCUCCACAGCAUCCAGUCCUGUCACUAUGAAGGACCACAGAAAAGAGAAAGUUAAGAGUGAUGAAAAAAAUGUCAAAAAACACAAGAAGAAACUAAACAAGGAUAAAGAACAGAAUGAGGAUAAAAAGAAGAAAAAGAAAUCUAGUAGGAAGCCCCAUCUUCUUGAAAAUAACAGGGAUGAGCUUGAAGAGUUCUUGAAUGGUACUGGUGUAAUACCAGUUGAUGCAGCGUAUGAGGCCAUCUAGCACUUGUCGUCUGUUAUCAGUGAACUACAGAGGAGAAUCUGAUGAGGAUCACCUUGCUACAGUGUCCCUGUCAUGGAUUGUUCUCUCUGUGGUAUGGGCCAACACAGCCCCAGAAACUGACUUACAAAGUGCUGAAAACAGUGACAGCAUGUUACUCAGGACAUUAUCAUUUUUCUUUUUUCACCUUUUCCUUUUUCCCAUCUUUCCUGCACCCGUCUCUCUCAACUCAUUGUUUUGUUUACCUCUCCCCUCCCCCGUCAUACAUAUCUUCCUAUUCUUUUUGUACCCUUCUACAUUCUCGUGCCCCAUUCUCCUCCUCCUCCUCCUCCUCCUCCUCCUCCUCACUACCUUCACCUCCAGUGCCCUCCAUAGUGCCAAGCUGACUUGUGCCUGAGGUAUGGAAGUUGUUUGUUUCUUUCCCGCGGUGUAUGCUGGAUCUUCCCUGCAGUGUUUGCUGGAUACUCCCCUUAACUAUGCCAUUGUAGGCAUCCCACUACACAUUUGUAAGUAGUAUUAUGUGAACACAGCGAAAACAGUGCGUUCCUACACGCAUGCAGUUACUGGACUGGCCAUCUGUUGCCUUUGGUGAUUUGUGUCAUUGCUUAUGAGAUUGCUACCGCUUGCCUUCCAAAUGGUUGCAUUUGCACGUAUCUGCUCACCCCAAUGGCAGAUAGUGCUAAGCAGUGUUGUGUCUCCUAUUUGACAUGGUCUAGCUAUACUAGCACUAAUUAAAGUUGUGCUGUGUUUGAGUGCUGAAGUGGGAACUGUGCAAAGGCUAGCACUGUGCAGGGUCCUGCCCCACACUCUCUGGAUCUCCAGUCACUUCGGCAUCUACCAGAAGUUGCCGUACUAAUAAUUAGCAGAUGAAUUGUAUAUAAUUUUGUGUCAAAUAUAUAAAUGUUGAGUAUGCAGUGUGAUACCAUGUACAAUGUGUAUUUGAAUGAAAGAGUCAAUUACAUACAAAUUGUUAUUGUAUGUUCAUCAGUUUCAUUUGUUUAUAAUUUUUUAUACUGCUUACAUUUAGUCAAUAUCAUAUGUAAAUUUCAUAAUGUAGAUUGAAUGAAACAGAAGUGUGCUUCCUAAUAUUCAAUGUAUAACAUAUUUUUGAAAAUAAUGUUACAAUAAAAUUGUGAUUUUUAUGAAUAUUUAGUUAUUUGUAAUAACUACAUGAAGCUAACUGUAUUUAAUUGAUGUAAUAUGUGUUACAAAUUUCUACUGCAAAAUAUGAAUCAAAAUAUUUGUUGUUUUUAGAGACAUUUGACAAGUAACUCUUUAUAAGAAACACUUUAUCUUUCUUACUUAUUGGCUAUAUUAGUUUCAAUAGUUUCUAUAUCAUAACAUUCAGAAUUUUACAUCUUACUGUUCUGAAAAUGUCGUUUACUAGUUGAAAUGUCUGAAAAUCUCUAAAGUUUUUAUCCCCAGUUUGAAGUUCAUAUGUCUAAAAAAUGUUUUAUGGUUACAAGUAACUGAAUCAGAAUAAGACAGAAUGAGUUCAGGCUAAACAUGCUGCAGUUGUGGUUGUAGAAACUGCUUUACAAGAAGACAUCAUUUUGUGUUUUAACUAGAUAUGGUGGGUGCCAAGAGUGUUGCAACUUGUCUGUAAUGUUACUUCACGUGUUUUAGUUCAUAGGGGCUUAUGUAAGCCUUUCAGCAUACAUGCAUUGUUUUAAUAAACUUUAAUCGCCCAAAGAUCAUGGCCAUGGUGCAGGCAGUAAAAAUAUUGUUGUUUUGUGAUUUAUGAACAUGAUUUUUGUCAGUGAGGACAAUCUGAAACUUCAUUGACGCCUUUUAGUUUGCUAUUGUUAUCAUAUAGACAUAAUUUCUGAAUUGGACCUAACAAAGAUUGAAUGUCACAAUAUUAAUGUACAGAAAUAUUCAUAACUAACCUCAGUUGAUUUUUAUGCUAAUUUUACGUCCUAGAUGGAAUAUAAAUGUUACCAUUACACAUUUCAUCAGCUAUAUUUUUGCAUGAUAAACGUAUUUUAAAGUCUGACACACUAAUUAUUCUAUAAAGAUUUUUAAAUAAAAACAGUCAAUGUUUGCAAAUAGGUUGCUAAAAUUUUAAAAUUUAUUAAUUAGGAGCCAGUUUUGAUCAUGGUAUAAUUGUCACCAGACCAUUAAAACUAUGUGAAAAGAGUAAUACAAACUUUCUAGGACAAGACAUAAGUAUAAAUGUAAAUAAUUUAAAAUACAAUUCCAUAUGUAUCCAUGAUGAUGGCUGUAGGGAGUGGUGAGGAGCAGCCUGCUAACCAGCAACAAUAAACACUGCUGACCCACACUUGGCUGUUUAUGGUCAAGUAGCCGAAGCUAUGCCCACUGUCUACCGCAUAAUGUCAUUUGCAGCCAGUGGUUACUGAGUAUUAAGUAAUUUCAUAAUAAGAUUGCAAUAAAGUGUAAUUAUUAUAGACGUAAUACCAAAAAUAUAAAUAUGAGAUGAUAUAUCAAUUACACAAUGAAAAAAAUUUAUUAGUGAUAGAGAAUUGAAAGGAGAUAUACGUGAAUAUUUGACAUUUUAUAAAAAGUGGCAAUAACUGGAAUCACUCGGACAUCAACAGUUACUUAGGCAACAAGAGCUGAAUCGAUGUAUUGCUUCUUGCCAAUUGACAGAGCAUAUUCAGUGAAAUAUCCAUAUGUAUUUAUACGACUAUAUAAAAUGUGGCAUCAUAUGAAUGCCAAAUGGUUAUCUAGCUGACUAGACAUAAUCAGACUGUCUCAUUUUCAAUCAACAAAAUCACAGGAGUUACCCUUUUGAGUAACAUUGGCCCUCCGUUUAGGUUACAGGGCAAUAAAAAGGAUCAACAACAUUCACAGACUGACAGAACAUCAUAAGUAUUUGUACAAAUAUUAAAUUUUUGGCAUAAUAUAAAUGCCAACUGGUUGUCAAGGCAUUGAGGCAUGAUCAAACGGUUUCAAUCUCAAUCAGUGAAACCAUGGAAGUCAGCAUUGGUUGGACAUUGGUUACCAAAUAGGUUACAGGGUCAUGAAAUGUGUCGACAACAUACGUAGCUAUGUAUUAUUGCUAAUGGUUAUAGCUGAAUUGUCUACUAUGUCAUGAACACAAAUAUAAAAGCAACAUAAGACCAUGCAACCUUAUAAACAAAAAUGGAUGUACACUGUCAUUAUGUCUUCAAAGUUAACAGAGUCUUAAUGGUCUGAUGAGGAUCGUACUAUGAUCAAAACUGCUCACCUCAUUAGCAAAUUUUAAAUUUUAAUGACGUGCAAUCCUACACUGUUCCCCUGGAACAGUGUUAGAAAAGAUGCUUGCUAAUUAUCCUAUCAGUUGAUUUUUUUCACUACUAGUGUGAUUUAACAUUUUUCCUGAAGUAUCUUCAAAGGCUAAAACUGCCAAAAUGAAUUACAGUUUUUGAUUUCAGCUAGAAUGGCCACACUUAAGUGUGACACUGAAUAUUAAGUCAAAAACUACAUUUUCGUAGUCAAUAAAUAAAAAGCAAAUAUGUUUGGACUCAGAAAAAACACAAUCAAUUGAUUAAGAAUGGCUAGAGGAAUAAUUUAGAAUUACGGAUUACUUUUGUUAUGAACUCAAGCAAAGAAUGAUCUCUGCAUAUAAGUGAUCAAUACUAGAAGGCUGAAUGUGAAAAUCACCAUACCAUCUCCAUGAGCUAUGAUAAUACACUCAUGUAUGAUGGUGUAGCUGGUCAGACUCAAUAAACUGAAAGUAAUAAUACUGGUCAAAGACAAACUAAAGAACAUGAGCCAAGGCUGAAGAAUUCAAAGAUAAAUCUCACAAAAUGUAUGCCAUACUGAUUUAAAGACUGUAGGAGACCAGUGAAAAUAUAAAUAUUGUAAAAAUAACCUAAAUACACUAAAAAGUAAUGUAUGCAUCUAAGUUAGAGGUUUUAAGAAAUUGGAUGACUGGCUUGGUGCAAUGAACAAAAAGUUUUGCUCAGCAAAAUAGUGCACUUUCAAAAUAUGUAAACUGUAAAGCAGAACACAGCAAGGAAUACUUUGAGUACUGAAAAUAUUUUAUUGAAGGAGAGAAAAAAUAUUUAAAUCAAAAUGAUGACUGCUGUGAGGUCACCAGUGGAAUCAGUAGAUGUGUGCCUGAUGCCAUGUGUCCGCUGGCAGCCAUGUGUUCCACUCUCUUUAGUACGCUAUAUGUUUGGACAAAGUGAAGAUUUAACAAACAAAAGUUCAAGAUUUUGAUCAAGGUCUUAUACAUGACUUCUUAUACACUGGCACCAAUUCAGUUAAGAAAUACAAUAGAAUCUACACUACUGCACUAUAUACUACAGUACAGUAAACAGAAUGGAGAGAAUGGCAGUUGGCAGGCACAUGGCGUCAGAUGUGAACCCCUGCUGCAUCCGCCAGUGGUCCCGUGGCAGUCAACGUGUUAAAGAUGUGAUUAGGUGAAGGUAUGUUUACUCCAAUGAGGGAAUACUAAACAUUAACAGUCCAAAAACCAAAGUACUGUGGAGGAAUUAUUUUGAUAAACAGCUGAAUGUGUUUGUGGGACACAGAACAUUGAUGUGAUGUACCUAGGAAUAAAAAGAAACUAGGUGAAUACAUGUACUUAAUAUUAACCAGUGGACAAUGGGAUUGGGAGAACAUUAAAGGAGAAAACCUGUAUGGAAUUAGCAACUCAAUAAGUUCACAAAAAUAAUGAAACUAUGAGAAUCAUUCCAUAUAAUUAAUUUACAUGAAAUAUGGCAGGAAUAUGCUCAGUUUACAGGAUGAAAGAGUAAAAAAGACCCCUUUUUUCCAUAAAAUAUGAAGGGACAAAGGUUCAAUUCAAGUGGGCAUUACAAUAAACUCUUUCACUGAAAUUGGCCUCUUUGGGGAACAAGUUCGAAUUGAUGGAACUGAUGGUGUAAUGUUUAGACUGCAACAGUUACUGCAGGAAUAUUGUGAACUCCAAAAAAUCUUAGGAUAGGUUUACUGAACUUCAAGAUGGCAUCAGCACUCAGGAAGAGGAAGAAUUACAGUAGUCAGUGCUCUUAUAAAUUAGACUGAAAAUCAAUUUGAAAAUAACUGGAGCCACAAUAAAAUCGCCUGCAAGAAUCACUGAGAGCAUUGUAAUAUAGCCAGGUUUAUAGCAAGAUGCUGUAUUCUUCACCACUAUAAUGAAUGAGCUCCUGAAGAAGGCGUACAAGAAGUUGUUUCAGCUCAAGUGUUCACUCACAGAUACCCAUUGGGCACCCACAGGCAUAAGUGGAUGCGCAAGCAGCAGACAUAUGGGCAAUCGGCCAGUAGGGUUUUAGUGUACAUGAUGAUACUCCCAUGACCAAGAGCCAAAAGGCAGGGGUGCCCUAGCAGUUCAGGCAUGUGCAGAUCAUGUGCAAUAUGGUCACCUUACAGGUAGCAUUCAUCAGCAAGCUGAGGGAUGCCCUAGGCCUAUGGCACAGUGUUGGAACAGCUUGGCAUACAUCAUCACUGGAAAUGAAAUAAAUAAAUAAUUUGAUUGACUGCUGUCAUCUAUCGACCUCGGCUAAAACUGGAAAUUAGACCGUGAUUCGUCGUGCUUCGGUUUGGUAAGUGGAAAAGAGUCGUGAAGACACUCUUCCAACUUCAGUGCCUGAUGUAACAAGAGAGAUGUCCAUCAAGGUGUGGUUUCUUGUUAAAACAGUAAGACUGUACAUUCCUAGAAGAGUUAAUCAACAUAUGACUUCCUCCUACAUCCACCUUGUGGAAAGACCGUGAUGGUAAAAUCAGAGAGAUUCAAGCUCGUACAAAGGCUUUUGACAGUCACUCUUCCUGUACUCCAUUUGAGACUGAGACAAGAAAGGAGGGGAGUGACAGUGGUGCAUGAAGUACCUUCAUCUACACAAGCUUUUGGAGUAUAGAUUUAGAAGUUAAAGUUUUAUUAACUUCAUAAUAACUGCUGGAUAUUUCCAUAGUUGACAAUUUCAUAUGGAACCAGAAGAAUUCCUUGCAAUGUAGGAGAGCCAUCUCUGAAAUCAGUCAUGCACCCAGCAACAUAUUUGAUUGUUGAAAUUCAACAGUGAAGGAAAUACAUGAGAUAACAAGGAUGUGGAUUAUUAGGAGAAUGGUUAAAAAGGUGACAUGCAUAAUGCACAUAUUUGUUAGUUAACAGUUGUUAACAGAAUGCAGUAGUAUAUAACACUUGGAAACUUUAUGUAAUAUGAAUAAUGGACUUCAUCUCUCUGACAUACAUCACACAGUAAGUGUAUGUGGAUUGCCAUAAUUCAGAGAAAUAGAAUCAUAGCAAAGCAGUAAUCAAAACUGCUAAGUCAUCAUAUUUGUUGUGUGCAAUAAUUACGUAAGCACAAAAAUGUGGAUGAACCACAAUUGUAGAAAAGCAGUAAUCAAAACUGCUAUGUCAUCCUAUGUGUUGUGUGCAAUAAGUACUUAGGCACAAAAAUGUGGAUGGUUCACAUUUAUUUCAUUAUCAAAACACAUAUUUUGGUAUCUGGAACUAUAAUUGUAACGACUAUAGAAAUACUUGAUUCCCCUGCUAGUUUCUAAUAGCUGCCCAGUGAUACGACAUCUCCAAUACAUUGUUAUACUUUCCUGUACGUAUUUAAGUAUUUAAUCCAUUACACUAUAUCAAACAAAAUUUUACUAAUCAACAGGAAAUUAAAAAAGUAUAUGGUUACACUUAGCUUUGCACAUUUUUAUAAUACUGUAAAAUGAAGGUGGCAUUUUUCAGGCACUAAGAGGCCCUUACAACACACACACACACACACACACACACACACACACACACACACACACACACACACACACACACAGGCGCACGCACACGCAAACCAGUAUGUGGAUGACUUGAGCGAUGUUCUCCUCUUAAAAAUAGCUUUAUGUUUAUAGUUAACAAAUUAUCAAUUCCUCCAGUUUUGUCUUCUGUUGGCUCAUCUACCCAGUAUCUCUUUUGCUCAUCUUUUGAGAAACAAAUUAUUUUUGUGGCUGCAUUACUACUCUUUGACUCCAAAGUACAUCUAAUAUUUAAAAAUAUCCAGGGCUUUGCAGGUAUGACAUUUUGUGUUUCCAAAAUUGCUGGAAGACCUGGUAUUAAAACAGUACAUUUCAGUAUCCUUCUGUAGAAACUCAAAUAAACUUCAUGGAUCAUGACAGUGUGCUGCUUUUGAAAUUUUGUGUUCCGCAAAACUUUCUCCAGAAGUACAUUUUUUGAGAAAAGUACAACUUAAUACUGUGUUAAAUCUAAAUUGUGAAAUAAUCAUUGAAACAGUAGAAAUGUGUUUAAUAUUGACAAGAAUUAUGUAAUUUGCCAAUGUAGUGAAACCCCAUGACUGUUUAGCUAUGAAGGCUCAAUUAAAUAUGGUGACCAGUUAAAUUUAAAUAAAUAUGUUUUAUUG